AUGUCUGGGCACUAUGAGCGAGAAGCCCGAAAUAACUGCGUCAACGGGACAAGACCCCAGCGCGGCGACCCAGGUUCAAGACCCCCUUCGCAUAGCCAUUAUACAAGUGACGACGGCGGCGGCGGAGGCCUUCGAGCCUAUUCUCGUAAUUCUAUAUCGACCAACAGGCCUUAUAUCUCAGAGGCAAUCCAUAGAAGCGCCACUACAGCCGUCCAAUACGACGAAUCUGAUUUACCCCUAGCCGUUCGUGGCGCAAACGCCCUGAGGCUGUCAGCGCCGCUGUGCAACCGUCCACGCUCUAUCCCUCAACAUGGUUUUGUUGUCACCCGAUCACGGUCGCGUUCACGCUCCCGCAGUCCUCUUGGGAAAACGCGCCAUGCCAUUGACCACACCUUUACUCCAUCGUCCUCAGGCAUUGGUGUCGGCCUACUAGGCGCCGUUGUUGGUGGCCUGGCUGCACGCGAAGUCUCAGAUGUGGCCGUACGCUCACGCACUCGUAAAGAAAUGAGUAACGGAACCUACCAAACUAUAUCACUGCGAGACUCCGAGAAAAGGCGUGUAAUAUCCACAGCUGUGGGUGCCCUUGUUGGGGGACUUGGAGCAAAUGUUUUAGAAAGGCGGCUUGAAGCUGUCCGUGAACAAGACAAAACACAGCAGGAAGCGUGGGAGCGACGGUGGGGAAAGGAAAGCGACCUGCCACAUUACGACACCGGCAAAUAUCACGAACGCAAUCAUGGCAGAGGAAAUUCCCGUGGUAGUCGCUUUGAGGAUGGAGACGUAAAUUAUCAGCAUAACGCCUUGGAUAAUAGACGAUGCUUAGGGAGGUUGAAGAGAGAAGAAUAA